AUGUUAUAUUCAGAUCAAAGAACAGACGCUAUUUUAUUAGAGUCAUUAUUAUGUGUUGAUCCAUAUUCUAUACUUUGUACUAAAUUAUGUAAAGGUUUACAAGCAAAUAAAGUGAAAGAUAAAUAUUUUCGUAUCAAAGAAAAAAAUACAUCAGAUUUUGUUGCUAAUAUUUGGUAUGACAAUGAUUAUUGUGGUCAACAUCAAUAUAAAGGCAUUGCGACAGAUGAUACAAAUCCAUCAGUAACAAGUUCAAAACGAAAUUACCAUUAUGAUGAAUAUCGACCACGUUCAACUAUUGGUUGGACUGAACAUGAAAAAUUCAGAGAUGAACGUGCUGAAGCAUUUCGAUCAUUAUUAGGGUCUGAUGUAUAUGAAUGGAGUUAUGUAAUGCGUGCAACAUGUGCUGGAACAUUUAUCAUUCUACCAGCUAAAGCUGAAGAAAUGUAUUCGCCCGAAAAAUUUGGUCGAUGUGCAACAGAAAAAGUUAUCAUUGAAUAA